GUAUACAUUUUAACUUCCCACAUACUACAUAGUACAAUUGAAUAAUCUAUGUGAUUUAUAACUGGACCUUAAGUUUGCCGGAUAUAACGUAUUGUCAAAUGGGUACACACUGGGGAAUGGGAAUACAGAAAGUCUAUUUUAGUGUGAAAAGAAUAAAGAUUAGAGAACGGCUUUCCAUUAUGAAUUUAUUGUAAUAAAAUAUUAUCCACUAAAGUGGUUAUCGUCAUAGGUUGUGAUAUUAAAUAAUUUAUUCUACGGUUAUGGUUUAAAACAUAAGUAUUGACUAUUGACUUGGAAGUUUCCGUUAUUCGUCUAAUCCGUAUUCCGUGCGUCGAUCAACGAUCGGACGAAAACUUAAGUGUCUAAUACUCUAAUACUCUGUACAUUUGUCUAAUACUUCCAUUAUAAGAUUGAAGAUCAAUUAUUUACAUAUUAUAAUGUACGAAGAACAUGUUUUAAACCAAUAUCUCGAUUGGUGCAAACAAAUGUGAAGACAUUAAUCAUAUAAUACAGUAUUAUACACAACCUCCCACUGACAUAUUCACCGAAAAAAAUGGCUGCUGGGCUACCACAUGAUUUAGAUGGUUUUAUUCCUCUAUUAUCGACUUCUGAUAUUCGAAUGAAGGUAACUGUUGGUUGUAAAUUAUUUACUUAUUUAGAAGAACCUAGUAAUUCAAUUGAAUGUUCAGAUAUUGGAAUGUUUAUUGAUGGUAUUGUUCAAUGGUUAUUAAAUAGCAAUCCCAAAGUUACUCUGUAUGGGAUUGAAAUAAUCACACUAUUGAUAAACAGAAUGAAAUUAGAUUUUAGACCUUACAUUUCUACCAUACUACCCCUAGCUGUUGAUCGAAUUGGUGAUAGUAAAGAACCAAUUAAAGUUAAAACACUUUUUCUUAUAAUGAAAUUAAUGGAAUGUAAUACUAUAAGCCCUCAGGCGUUAUUUGACAAAAUAUCAGUAAAUGCUUUUUAUCACAAAAAUAGUAAUGUUAAAGAAGGAUCUAUGAAAUUAUUAUUGUUAACUAUUGAAGAAUUUGGUGCAAAUUGUAUUUCAGUAUCAAAAAUUAUACCUAUGAUUAUAAAACUUUUAGACGAAGCUAAAGCAACAGGAAGUUUAUUACCAACUGCUUUUGUUGGGCUUAGCUUAACUAACGACGAUGAGACAGAUCGUACUUGCACAUUUGCACCAAAAUAUGUCAUUGGUAGUAUUAAAAGACCAAGUUCAUCUUUACCUCCAAAAUCAAAUUUCGCAACACCAUUACAACAGGUUGAUUCUGUACGAAAAGUUACAUCUUCAUCAGCAAUAUCUGCUUCACAUGCAGGAGGAGUUGAUGAAGAUACUUUUAUUCGGGCAUUUGAAGACGUUCCUACAUUACAAAUUUAUAGUGUACGAGAGUUAGAUGAUACUAUGAAAAAAAUACAUGGGUCUAUUCAAGAUAGUAAUGAACAAUGGAAUAAACGUGUGGAGUCAUUAAAGAAGAUUAGAUCACUUGUAUUAAUUGGAGCAACAAAAUAUGAAGAGUUUUAUAAUAAUUUAAGGUAUUUGGAACAUUCUUUCCAAAUAUCUAUCAAAGAUUUGCGAUCCCAGGUUAUUAGAGAAACAUGUAUCACUAUAGCAUUUUUAGCCCAACGUUUGGGAAUUAAAUUUAAUCACUUUUCAGAGUCCAUUUUUGGCAAUUUAAUUGAUCUUAUUCAAAAUUCAGCAAAAGUCACUGCUUCAUCUGGAUUAGUUGCUAUAAGAUUUAUUCUAGAAUAUACACAUGCUCCUCGUAUUAUACCUAUUCUUGCAAAUAGCUUGGGAUCAAAGUCAAAAGAUAUUCGUCGUGCAUGUUGUGAAUUUUUUGAUCAAAUACUGCGUACAUGGCCAACUCAAGCAAUAGAAAGACACUUAACUAUACUGCAGGAUUGCAUUAAAAAGGGUAUUGCAGAUGCUGAUUCAAAUGCUCGGGUGUUGUCUCGAAAAGCUUAUUGGGGAUUUUGUGAAAUUUUUCCUGAGCAAGGAGAAAUAUUAUUAAAUAAGCUAGAGCCAGCAUAUCGUAAAAUAUUGCUUACUAAUUCUGGAUCCAACUUGUGUUUAUCAAAAUCUGUAAUAGCUGAAAGUACGAAGUUGUCUUCUCAUCGUCCUGUCUCUUCGCACAGUAAUAUUUCUGUGAGAUCAAGAAGUGCCAUAGACUUGCAAGCUGCUAAAAGGUCAAAUGCUCGUACUGAAUGUGCUUCACUUUCUAGACAAAAGUUCAACCAUAUUCAAUCUGUUACCAAGAAGACUAAAGAAGAUAUACACCAAACAGACAAAGAGGGAAGAUCAAGAGUUCAAGUAUCAUUAUCUCAACCGACUAGCCGUUCUGGAUCACCAUCUUCAAAAUUAAAUUUUGUCCAAACAAAAUCUAAUAGAGCUGCUUCUGGUAUACCUAGAUCUCGAGAUACUAGUAGAGAAGUUAGUCCUAAUAGGCUUAAUAUCAAUGGAAUGCAUAUUAUGAAUAGUAAAGAAUCACCUACUUUGUUAACACCUAGACCAAUAAGGACACAAAAGAAAUCAACACAGAGUCAAGAAUCUAAGUCUGCUAUUACUGAUGAUUUGAGUAGCAAAAAUUAUUAUAAGUCUCCGAGAAAAGUAUUGGGAGGAUUAUUUAAUGAUUAUAGUGAUGAAAGCGAGACAUCUAGCAUGGGUUCUGAACACAGAGUUGAUUCUCACAAACGAUUUUCAGAUUCAUUUUACUUAAAUAGUUCAGUAUGUGGCCUACAUAAAGACAUUUGGAAAAACUCAAGUUUAAAAUUUUUGAAUAUUGAAGAUAUAAUAUCAAACUGUGAAAGUUCAUGCUGGAAUAAUCGCAAGGAAGGCUUGAUAAGUUUACUGAAAUAUUUUCAACAAGGAAAUAUUUUGGAUGAAUUAUUACUAAUGAAAAUAACAGAGGUAUUUACUAAAAUAUUUAUGGAUUCUCAAACAAAAGUCAUAACUCUCUUUUUGGAUGUACUUAAUGAGUUAAUCGUUACCCAUAGUCAAUAUUUAGAAUAUUGGCUAUAUACACUUUUAGUAAAAUUAUUCAUUAAAGGUGGCUCUGAUAUACUUGGUUCUGUACACUCAAAAAUAAUGAAAACAUUGGAAAUCAUAAGAUUGUCUUUUCCUUUUGAUCUUCAGCUAACUGCUGUGUUUAAAUUUCUCACAGACCCUACACAGACACCUAAUGUUAAAAUUAAAAUAUUUGCCAUGAGUUACAUUUCACAGUUAGCGGUUAGUGCAGACUCAGGGUCAAUCUUUGUUUCUGUUGCAAAUGGUAAAAAAGAUUAUGCUACUUUAGCAUUGAUAAAAAUGAUUGGGUGGACUAUGUGUAAUAACAAUAUAAAACAAGGCGCUGAAUUAAGACGUGCAUCUCAGGAAGCUAUACUAGCUUUGUAUAGUUUAAAUGCAUCUCAAAUCACAUUGCGGUUAUCCCAGUUACCAGAAGAGUAUCAAGAAGUAUUUUCUAGACUCUUGAAAAUAAGAGUAAGAAGAAGUAGUGUUGAUCAAAUAAUGUCCCUAAAUUAUCACAACAGUCAGGUACCAACAAAUCUUGCUUCACCACCUUUACAACCUGACACCAUUGAUACUUUUAAUUUGGCAAAAAUACAUAAGUCAUUUGAACAAUCUUCUGAUAAAGUUCAAAAGUGUCGUUUAAUAUGUCAUUAUCCUGAGGAGACAAAUUCUGCUUCUUGUGAAUCUAGAAUAAAUCAAUUAUCUAUACAUACUGAAACCAAUAGUCAAAAUUUAAAUGGUUUCAAUAAUAGUCAUACUACAGUAGAUGGAAUUAUACAAAUACUUGAUGAUCUUGAUAAAGAUACUCUGCAGCUUGGUCAUAAACAAUCAAUUUUGAUUCAUUUAAAAGAACUAAUAAAAGAUGUUUGUUCUGCUGAUGAACUUAUAAAAAAUUUCGAAAAAAUGAUAAAUGUUAUUUUAAAGUUAUUAAUGGACGUUGAACCAAUUGUACGAGAACACACAAUAACUUUGAUUAUAUAUUUAGUUAAAAAGUCAGAAUUAGCAACCUAUUUUCACAACUACACUGAAUUGAUUAUAUUGAAAGUAAUAAAUAUGUGUUGUGAUUCAUAUAAACCUAUUGUUAAAGUUGCAGAAGAAUGUUUAAUUGCCUUGAGUGUAUCUUUACACCAUGAAACAGUUGUGAAAAUAAUAACACCAUUGAUAUUAGCAAAAGAAUUUCCAGUCAAUUUGAUUGCAAUUAGAAUGAUGACAAAAAUUAUUGAUAUGUGGGGCAGUCCACCUGUAACUGAUCAAAUAAAAGAAAUUAUGUCUGGUCUAUUGCAAAGCUAUGAUAAUCCUGAUAGUGCAGUUCGAAAGUCAGCUGUGUAUUGCAUGGUCUCAUUAUAUAAAGCAUUUGGUUCACAAGAAUUUACACCUCAUAUAUCAAGUCUAAAUGGUGCAAAGCUCAAAUUGUUAAAUGUAUAUAUUGAGCGUGCACAACAGUCCAUCAAGAUCAAUUAAUUUUACUGUUAAUAUUUUAUUAUUUUUUUUAACAAGAAAGUGAGUCCAAUAAAAUGUAUAUAUUUGUAUGUGAUAUUCAAGUCACUUGAUUUUUUAAUUUUAACCUUUUGACAUGAUCUAAACUCAAAAUUAUAGUAGUGUAGUCAUAUUUAACUUAUAUAACAAAGCCAUAUUUUUACUUCAAUAAUUAACUUUUACUGACCAAUGAA